AGUAAACUCUGAGCCCCGAAAAGGUACAGGUUUUCAAAAACAGUUUUCCUUAAAAGCAAAUUCAGUUGUGGAUGCGUCAUAGACUCGCAUUGGCUUCGUUGGUUCAGCAACUCAGCAAGUGCGUUUUUACGUUCAUCUUUUCAAUGGGAACUCUUUGUUUAUCAGAGAUUCAAUUGAAAAGUACACGAACAACAGUGGAAAUUUAGCUGGCCUGUCGAGAGAAGGAUAUUUAAUGUUCAUUUUCGCGACUCCGAGAGAAAAGUUUUGUUUUGUCCUUGAUGACAAUGGGUUUCAUGACCCUCCUCGAAUUAUUGUCUUCCACGUGUUUGGUUAGACUACUCUAUUCCCUUUUGAUUUUUCUAGAUUUUAAAAGAGGAUUACGUGCCUGCAGCUGGGAGGGGGGGAAUCACCUACUUGAUUAUGGCAAUUUUUUACGCGUCCAAUUCAAGACUCGCAACGUCCUCCAUGGCCUUUUUUUUUUUACGUUUAAACGCAGAAGACAAAUCGAGAUGUACUCUGUUCAAUGGAAGUUGGUUCAGUCAUCCGUAGCUACUGGCAAUCAAGGUACAUUUAAACAAAGGUUUUUUUAAAGGCUCAAACAACGUAGAGCCUCUAUAAAGACCAAGCCCUGACACAACAAUUAGUUCAAAAUGAAUGUACCAUCGGCACUGGUCCUCUCAGACAAGCGAUUGCUCAUUGCCUCUCAUUUCUAAGGCACGUAAAUAGUUUUCUAUUCGAAACAGCAUUUCUGGAAAUUUCAAACGUGCUCAAUGAAGGGAAAUUCAAUUUUUUAAUGUCGACAAGUACUUACAAUUGGACUCGAUGAGUUAUGGAAUUCAUUAGAUUUGUCCUCUUCAGGGGCAUCCAGCCAUCGCAAUAUUUAUCACGAAUUCAAACAAAAGCUUAAAAAUAGCUGAAAUGGUAGGGUAUAUAAGGGUAACUCUUCCUUUCAGUUUGGUACACUCGAACAAUAGAGAAGUACGUCUGAAUUCCUCCUCUCAAAAAGAUGAAGUGCUACCUGAUGAUCCUGAUGUCUGCUCUCUUCGUCAUCUCGAAGCAGCAAAGGCAUGGAGAACUGAUGUGGCUGUCUCCUUACAGUCCAUCGCAGCUCGUUCUUAAUAAUUAUCAACGUUCGCAGUUCUAUGAUCCUGUUGAAACUGACGUGCCUUACUUCCGCUUUUCCAGACCUACCAUCAUUGGUGCACAAAACGAUGAAGACGAGUCUAGCAGACAGUUUUCCGAUCAGCAUCUGUUUGCGGGCGUUCAGGAUCCAGUCGUGUAUUUACCUGAGCAGCUGGAUCAGCAAAGUGAAGACGAAAAAUCAGGACGAUUCAUACCUGUGAUGGUUCAGCAGUCUACACCUAACCGAAAUCAAAUGGCCAACAUCAUCCAGCCAAGAUUUAAGAAUUACAAAUCUUAUUUUCAGGAUUCCUCAUCAGGCGACCUAGCACAGAAACGCUUUUAUGUUAACUCCGACUCAACUUACAAUCCACUGUUGAGAACUGUCACCUUAAGAGUUACAUCAACAUGCACUUCUCUGAGUCUCGUAUCGUGUAUUCCGGCCGCCAGUCUUCCUGCCGCCCCUGUGCCAGCGUGUCGCCGUAAACGCAAUAAUGAGGUCGAUCAAUCAGCAGAUGAAGACGAGACACAGUUCCCGAUUAACCCCACAGUAGUCGAAAGUGUCACACCGACUGCGCAGCCGUUGCCAGCUGUCCCUAACGAUUCCAUCCAAACUCCUUCCAUUGAGAUGAUUUCAUCGAAGGAAGAAGACGCUAACACCGAUCAGUUUGUGGCUCAAUUGGAGAAACAGGAGAGAAAAGCGAAAUUUCUUCACUGGAAAAAUUACUUUACAUCGACGACAACAACCAGUUGGGUGGUGGUAUCGAGCACACUCACGCAGACCUUUGUUCCAGCUGUGGCAUUGGCUUGCCUACCACCGGGUUUUCUUGUUUGCUAAAAAUUGACCCCUCUCCAACGAGCAAUUAUUUAAUCCAGCAAUCCUUUUUAGUCUGCAUCGUACCCGAUAUAUUAUUACGCAAUGGCUGAAGUAUUUAACAACCUGUCAUGCUUUUCUUCUUAGACGUAGAGCGGUAAUUCAGGCCGCCAAUAAAACUGAUGAAGCAUU